CUAAAACGGUCUUCCAGCAAAUUCAUCACAGGUCGAAAAGAUCCAACGAAACGCAGCUCCAAACGCUCACAUUUUAGUCCGUUUUGCACAAAAAUUCUCCUUCCAAAAAUCCCGUGCUCACUGGCAGGUCCAACCGAGUGAGUAUAACAAUGGAGAAGCAUACUACAUUUGAGCUUAUCAGCAACCUAUCGUCGCAGCCUAUUCAACUCUCUUCUUCUGAUUGAAUAGAUCACCACCAAAGGAUAAUAAUACCUCUCAGCAGAAACAGCUUUCGUUGCACAAGAGUUGUUCAAUACCAUAAAGACUUGUCAGAGUUGGAGCCUUCAGAGACGAUGAGGAUCCUAGGACGAAUGAUAUACGCUAUAGCUGCCCUCGCCGCAGCAGCCACUGCCUCGGCAGCUGAGAUCGAUUGGGGCCCGGAAAGCAGCCAUGCCGUGCCUAACUUGACGUCCCUCCAGGGCUAUCCAGGCGUGUUGUCGAGAGAAGCCGUCGAAACGGCAGUGGAAGCGGAUAUUCGAAACAAAGUCAAAACAUGGGCCCAGGAUGGUACGAUUACGACGGAUCGAGCUCAUCCGAAAAACGUCCCCAAAAGUCGAGACCUGAGUAGCAGUAGCCAAGAUGAUCUCGAAUUUGGUGGUUUGAACGAAAUUCUCGCAACAUUUGUAAUCAACGUUCCCGAACUGAACCUCAUGACAGAUGUAAUCGGUGUGACGGCCACUGUCAACGUCAUUGGUACCUGCGGAGGGAUUCAAAUCGACAGCGUCUUCUUGGAUUACAAGAAAGGCGGUUCGAGCACGCUGACGUACAAAGUGGCAGUGAACAAAUUGGACGUCAAGUGUCAGUUCGAAGUGGACUGGGAUCUAGGAGUGCUCGAUGUUAGUGAUAAGCUGAAGAUUCGGAUCGUUAUAAAAGACAGUGACUUCCAAAUUGCUGUCACGCUGAAAGGAUCGCCACCGGACACAGCCACUUUUUCGGGUUGCGAGGCUUUGAUCAACCUCGCAAGUAUUGAUUCUUCUGGUGGAUUUUCGUCGAAAAUCUUGAACGAGCUAUCGGACCUUAUCAUUGAAAUUGUCCGAAAUGAAGUUGAAGUGAUAUCUGAUAUUGUCUGUGACUUUGUGGCAGACUUCGCGAGCACUGUCGAUGAGCUACUGGUGUCACUAGGAGACACCCUUGCGCCGUAUCUAAGAAAGGUGGGGAACAUCGACCCAUUGCAACUCGAGAAAGACCUGAACGUGGAUGAAGAACUAGUUGAUCUAACGGACAGCACGCUCGGAGACGUGCUCCAGGUCUUCAUCGACAACCUUCAAGGAGUCAUUGGCGCAUUCCAGAUCAACACCUUCAUCGAAUUGAAUGUUCUAAACAAGAAGGGAGCUCUCGAGAUCGUCAACAGCGGACGUAGACGUCACCUGCAAUCUAUUGGAGAUUGCCUCCAAUUUCGCAGGAGGGAACUCAAUCCAUUGAAAGAACUUGCUCAUGAUGUGCGCAAACUCUUUGAAACAGAAGUCUCUAACAUCUUGGAGCCCGUCAGCAACCUCUUGGACUUUGAACCAGUUACCAACAUUUUGGAACCAAUCCUCCCUGCAGGAUUUUGGCGCAGACUACAGACUGACGUCCCCAUUAUUGACACCGAAAACCUGUUUGUUUUGAAUAACUUCACGCUAGACAGAGCCGAAAUUGUGGGCCUUAACACGUUCAAGGACACAAUGUUCUUGGAGAUCAUUGGGAAGCAGACCCUCCGAACCGACCUUGAGCUCGAAGGGCUUGGUUUCCGAGUCAUGUUUACGGUCGAUUUUGAUAUCAAUGGAUUGAAUCGUCGCGAGAAAAUCACGGCGACAAUCCCCAUCAAUGGCAUCACAGUCACAGCAUCAUACCUGAUUGGCCUGAGCGAAGAGAGAGUCAACUCGUUGACACUUGCAGAUCUCGUCAACACCACCAACCUCUUACCUUGUUUACAGUCCACACUUGUUGCUGCCGGUGUGUCAGAACUAGACGUCAAAGUACAGGAAGUUGGCACCGCGGUGGUUGAGGGUGUAAUCGAUACGGGAGUUGAUGAACUGAUCAAUACAGCCGUUGAAGCUGCAAUUUGUACGUACCAAGACCUCAUCCUCACGGCAGUGCCAAACAUCUUCCAAAACAACGUCACAGUAAUUGUGAAUGACUUCUUGGAGUGCUAUAUCCGAACUAUUGCCUCGCAAGCGGUUUGUGUUCCAUCAGAAAGCGGUUCUGUUAUCAUCUCGUCUGGUUUCUUCGACGAUACUGGCAGCACCAGCACCAGCAGUGGCAGCAGUGGUGAAUCGUUGACAUUCAACCUUGGUGAAGAAAAGAUCACCACCUACGACACCGGCGCCUCGGCAUCUGCACCUGCACCGGCACCGGGAGAGCCCGUGACGGUAACCGUUGUAACGAGCAGCGAAACUGGUUCAACUUCAGCAAGCACGACCGGAGUGGUUGAAAAAAUUACUUCAUUUCUUGGAUUUGGCGACGAUGACGAACUUUCCGCCGGUUUCAUUGACUUCCGUGACUUGCUUCUUCCACCCGAGGAAGCUAAGAGUCUUGGUGGUUCGGGUACACAACCUUACGGCGACCUCAUAGCUAUGGCGUUUAGUAUGAUGCGAGACAAGAUGGCGUCCACAGACAAUGCUACGGGUAUGGCAACGAUCAACACCGAAGUCAUCCAACCGCUUACGGAAGCGCAGUCAGGUAUAGCAGGAAUGUUCAAAUACAGUCAGCAACUAUUCAAUUUUUCGUUGGAGACUUCAAUGCUCGACUCCCUCGGGUCCUUCAUGCGGCAUCUCGAUAUUAGAGCCUUCAACGCCAGUGUUGGAAAUGUCGAUACCGUUGUCAACCCUUUCAGCUUUCUUCAGCCCACGAACCAAGCGCACGUGUUGGAGAACAUACUGCACUUUGGCCCAGUACCUGGCAAACUGUUGACCACAACGUUGGAUUUGAACGUUGACGUUGGCGGGGUCAAUACCCCCAUAACACUGCGAAAUGAAAUAGGCAUCAAUGCGACGACUCUGGAGCUUGAUGUCUUGGCAAAUCUCGAGAUAUUGGUACCCGUCCUCAGGUUUCUCAAGUUCCCUAUCACAGACAUUCUUAAUGUCAACUGUUGGAUGGCGCUGUUCCAAACUCCAACUAUGAAGGCAAAAGGAAUUGACGGUGUGGCGAUACAAGAUUUCUUGGCGGAAAUUGCCUCGAUGACUUUAAACUUGGAGUGCUCGAGCUGCACAAGUAUUUUCCUGCCACAAGUGCUAGAGACCUUUGAGGAAGUUGGCGUAACAAAGACGCUCGGAAACAGGUUGAGUCUGCUCUUGGAAGAUGUUAUGACAAGUGAUGUUGCAUCGUCGUUUAUCACCGAACUCCUAAAACUUGGAGAAUCGGCUGCAACACUUUGUCCGCACUCUCCGACAUACAACACCUCCGUGGAGACAAAACAGGAAGAGCUGUCACUGCCGAUGCCACCGCUUUCCAAUCGCUCAAUCGACUCAUUGGUCUUUGCAACUGUUGUUGGUGCUGAAAUCAUCGCUGUGUUGUUUGCCGAGAGCCACUUGGCUGAUACGAACGGUACCAUACCCGACUCCCUUGUGUCUGAAGUAGAAUUUCAAGACACUGUGGAAGUCGAUGGAAGUCUACUCGACUGGACGAGGCUUAAUGAAACCUUUAUUCCAUUUGCUGGGGACUUGCUUGAAAUGGCGCGAGCCUAUUUGGGUCCCCAAGACUCUGGAUCUCUUGGAGUGAACCAGAUCCUAGGUGAAUACCUGAAUGCCGACGGCAGCUGGCGUCUUUCACUCGAAAACUCAUCAUUCGAGCUAGAAGGUUUGAAGAUAUCGGUGGAUUCGGUGGAAGUGACUGGGCUCGACUCGUUUGUCGAGUUCUAUAUCCUUGAUCCUGUCGAACCCCAAACGCUUCAGAAUACGAUUGUGCUAGACAGCAUGUCACUCAAGAUCGAUGUGAGCCUAGAUGCAACGUCCACAAAAGACCCGCCGCGCCCCUACUCUUUCUCCCUCGAUGUGGCGGAUGUCAACCUUACUGCUUCCUUGUUUGUUGCGGUUGACAUGGAGAAGUUGGCUGCCAUCGAGAUUGGCUCCAUUCUUUUUGUCGACAAUAUCCUACCAUGUGCAAUGUCUGCAGUCAAUGACAUGCAUGUAUCGGGAAUGUUCGUAUCGGUUGGCAAUAUUUCAAAUCCCACCGUCGGUGGGCUCCUCCCCGAUGCAGCCCAGGCAGUGUCUCGUUCGAUGGAGGAAUUGUUCGAGAAUUUUGGUUCUGAGAUGGUGGAAGCACUCAACAUGGCUUUCGAUACUUCAUUGAGAGGCGUGAUCAACAACUUUCUAACUAGUUCCUUGAACAGUUCAAGUUGCGCGAGCCGUCCGGACAAUGGAGUUGUAGCUACAGAUGGGGCCUCAAAAGCCAUCAUUGACUUGAGAGACCUGUUGCUAACACCCGAGAAUGCAUUACGAUUGGGUGGUUCAGGAAUGCAGCCAUACGGUGAUCUCUUCCCGACAGUAUUCUCAAUGCUGCAUGAAAGCAUCCUGCAUGGCGAUGAAAGUGAUGGGCUACUAGAUGUGAAUUCCAUGGUUGUUGAUUCUUUCACCGAGGGACAAUCAGGGACGAAAGGUUCGCUACGAUUUCAACGCGACUUCUUCUCCCAAGCAUUGAAGCUGCUCCCCAUGGGACCGUUGACGUCAUUGGAACAGUGGCUUGAAGCGAGCAUUUUUGACGCCCGUAUAGACAACAUCAACACACUUGUCGGGCCCCUGUCACUUCUGCAACCGUCUCAUCAAGCGCACGUCCUCGAGAAUAUGAUCAACUUCGGGCCUGUUUCAGGGCGCCCCGUGAACACGACGCUUGGCGUUUCCAUUGCAAUGGGGGGCAGCCUCCCGCUGUUAAACAUGCACAAUGAAUUCAAUAUCACUGCCUCAGUAAGUGAAAUUGAUGUCUUUGCGGAUAUUGGAUUGCAACUGGAUGAGGGAAAACUAUUCAAGUUCCCUCUUGGAGAUAUUCUCGAGCUUCAUUGCUGGCUUGCAAUGGUGGCGACACCAAGUACAAGCGCUGCUACGAGUAAUCUUUUUGGCCUUGAACUGAAGACACUCUUGAUGCGCCUGGUUUCUCUGUCCAUGGCUUUGGAGUGUUCGAACUGCACCAACCCCGUCCUUCCCGAACUAAUUCAAGUUUUGGACGAUUCUGGAGUCUCGGAGGUUCUAGGGAACAGGAUUGGUCCCCUUGUUCAAGAAAUAGCAACUGGACCUUGGUUUCGGUCGAUCAUGAAGACAUUCAUUCAAUUCGGUGACGACGCAGCAAGGAUGUGUCCUCACAGCCCACUUUUCAGUCAAAGUCCACUAAGCACCGAAGUGGAAUCCGCUCCGCCUCCAUUUCCUCCUCUUUCCGAGUUGUCCCUGGAUUCCCUUCUCUUUACCUCCGCGCUGGCUGCGGAGAUAGUCACAGUGUUGAUUGCUGACAACCACGUACAGGGUGCCGUUGAUUUGAAGACCCAAGGAACAGUUGAGUCGAAAACCAAAGAUAUCGAUGAACUCGAAGAAUUGUCGGAGUCAAGCGUUCUACUUGACUGGACAGACUUGAAUGAUACUCACGUUCCAUUCAUUGGACAGAUCCUUGAUUUCGUCAAGGACUACGUCAAUGGUCCGACGGGUUCCACUGCCGAGGCUUUGGCCAUCAACACCAUGAUCGCAGACAACCUAGGAAGCGAUGGCCACUUUGGUAUUCCUUUGGGUGACUUUGCAUUCGAGGUAUCAGGGCUGGCGUUGACUUUCCAUCACAUUGAACUACAAGGGUUGACAUCGUUUUCAAGCUUCCAGGUGCUCCAUGGGAUUGCCCCACGAGUUUUCUCCAAUAAUUUUACCCUGGGCGAGUUGCACGUUGGGUUGAACAUGAGCGUGGACGUCCUUGAGACACCUGAUCCACCCAAACAUGUCAAUGUCUCUUUGAAGCUGCAAGACAUUGACGUGUCCGUUCCCGUGUAUUUUGCUGUCGAUGGAGAACGUCUUGCCUCUAUCAACAUCGGUUCCUUGCUCCAUACUACCAAUAUUCUGCCUUGUCUGUUGUCUACAGUUGCUGGCGUCAGGGUUCAAGAGUUACUUGUGUCAGUUAAAAACAUUGUGGGAGUUUCCGUCCACGGUUUCCUUCCAGAGACGGGCAGUGCGCUUAGCGAAUCGAUCAGCACAGUUCUUGAUCAAUUCGGAGAAACUAUCACCAGCUCCAUACCGAAGAUUUUUGAUGGCACCAUGAAAAAGGUAGUCAACGAAUACCUCAAGGGCGUGGAGAAGACAGAAUGCCAACACUUCUCAGUCGACUCCUCUUCCCCAUACAUUGACUUUCGAGAGCUUUUCUUAACACCCGACGAUCGCAGCUCCAAUGCUUAUGGAGACUUGAUUCCUCUUGUCAAGAACAUGCUAGAUUCCGUCCUUCAAACAGUUGACCCAGUGACUGAGCUCCCCAAAGUGAAUGACAUGAUUAUUGCACCUUUGACAGCAAUGCAGUCAGGCAUCCCGGGAACCGUUGCAGUGCAAGGGGAUAUGUUUGCCCAUUCAUUUCAGGGAUUCGAGGAGGCGGGCAUUGACCAUGUCAUCUUCGAGCUCUUGGACGCUCGAAUUGAAAACAUUGACACGAUGGGACAGCCGCUAGAACUUCUCGAGCCAAACGCCACUAAUGGGUUCUUGCUUGACAACCGCGCAACUCUUGGGACCGAACUUCGCCCGCUCAGAUUGGCAGUCAAAUCAAGGCUCCGCUUUGCAAGUGCAUUCAUGAAUACUGAUGAUGAGAUCGAAUUGUUCGCAGCCUUCAACGAGGUACCAUUGUUUGCUGUAAUUCUGGCCAGGAUCGGUGCAGAGGAACUGAUGACUUAUCCACUCCAAUAUAUUGGACACAUUCACUGCUGGCUGUCGACGUUGGUUGCACCGACAUUGGCGGCGAUUGCACGAGGGCAAACUGAAAUCGACCCAGCACUUGCCAUUGAGUACUUUGGUAUCGUCUUCUCAAAUUUCCACCUUGGUGCUUCCUGCGCGGACUGUAGCACUCCUGGGCUUCUGGUUCUCCCAGAACUUUUGGACAUCCUUCAAGAAUCCGGUGCCAAGGAUGAUUUGGGACGAAGAGUGCUGGAAGAUUCCAUCCGUCUUCUUCAAUCUGACUUUGUCCAAGUGUGGCUUUUGAGGUUCUUGCAAGGUUCCAUGAGGCGGUGCCCACGCACUGCGAGUCUAGAAGAGAACAACAUAGUGCUUGUUAGCCCCGAAGUACCCCCCAUUACUCCACACAUGCUUGAAACUGGAACAUUCGCUGUGUUCGCGUUCUUCCAAGUUGGGGCAGUGGUGUUGGCGGAGACCAUGUCAGUGCUGGGAACUGAGAAUGUCGAGCCCAUUUUCAAGGAUCCAGAACCAAAUUUUCCUCCCGAGACAAGGCUGGUCGAUUUUACUGCUCUGGACACUUAUCCCGUUGGAGGGCUUGUAAAGUACUUCCUUGAAGGGUUGAAUUCUUACCUGGGGGAACCGUCCAUCGACCCGGUGACGGGAGAAUCUAGCCUCGGAAUCAACGAAUUACUUGGUGCAAACCCGUUGUUUGAACUGGAUACUUAUGGCAUGGAGUUCGAAGACUUCGGUUUGGAAGCCAACGGCGUCAAGAUCUCCGUGAAAACUUUCCAAAUGUCUGGUAUUGACACAUUCACAAAGUUCCGCAUCUUGGAUAUCGACGGGCCGACCUCGCUCCAAAAUGAGCUUGGAUGGGAAAGGUUGCACUUUGAGGUGACGCUCGAGGCCAAAGUCCUGCAGACUGGAGAAUUAUCAAACUACACCGCGACCUUUGAGAUUUCAGACAUUCAGACCUCCAUGGAGCUUAUGCUUGCACUCGAUUACGAACUGCUGAAGAAUUUGCAGCUUGGGUCACUGCUUCGCAUGGCGUAUAUUUUACCCUGCAUCCAAGCAGCUGUAAGGCACGUGGAACUGUCGAAGGUGAAGGUAGAUAUUGGACAGAUCUCGAAGCUGCAGCUAAAAGGAUUCAGAUCUCAAAAGACUGCCAAGGCUGCGGAGGGUCUUGAGAGCAUGCUACUGGAUAGGUUUGGCGAGGUUUUGGCUGACGCGACGCCAACUCUAUUCAGCGUUGCUGUUAGGCCUUUGUUGAACUCCCUGAUUACAUCAUAUCUUCAAAAUUCAGACUUCCGCUGUGAUGAAUUCUCCUUUGGCGACAACAGCCCAGGCUUCGUCGACUUCCGUGACUUCUUGCUUUCCCCUUGGCUGUCAAAUAAAUAUGGGGGUAGUGGCGAUGAGCAGUAUGGAGAUCUCAUUCGCACGGCUUAUGGAAUAUCCAAGCUAUCGUUGCUGGAUCCUCAUCCAGAAAAUGGUCUUGAAAUGCUGACUCCCGUCAUUGGAAACCUAACAUUCCCGGGAGUACUGCUGAACCAAGGUAUUCGCUUCGAUGUGAGGCAGCUCCACGCCGACAUUACUCUGAGAGUCUCGGAUUUGAGCGUCCUCAAUCUUGACAGCAUUGGCCCCCCACUGUCCAUCUUGGCGCCAAUCAAAGAGGAAGCGCAUCAGCUCAACAACACUGGAACGUUUGGGGUGGGUCCACGACCAGUCGUCCUUGGUGCUCGCAUCUACAUGCACAUCAAAGGGUUCGAUGGCGUGGACAUUGUCAAUGACUUUGACCUGAGCCUUGACAUUCAUUCGGCAACGGUCGUGCUGGCGAUCCUUUUGAAAAUAUCCGAGGAUGCCUUUGUGAAUUUCCCAAUCCGAGAUAUUCUCAACAUCAAUUGUUGGAUUGCUCUUAUUCCUCCUCCUCUGCUGGAUAUCUAUGGAUUCGUUGAACCAGGAACAGACUUGACUGCAGCAAUAACCAAUAUGGACUUCUCAGCCAGCAAGCUAAAGCUGGCCCUCGAUUGUCACAACUGCACAAGCCCGGCCCUUUUGGAACUUUCAAGGCUACUUUCGGCAGAAGGAGCGUCUGAAGAUGUGACAGAUCUUGCGAACCGUGUCAUCGCAACCAUUACCGAUAAGCUUGGAGGGGCGUUCCUCCAAGAUCAAAUCAACCGUCUACUUGUCAAUGCUCCCAGGCAUUGUAGUCAUAGCAACGACUAUGAUCCCGAAGCCAGACCUCUUGUAUACGAAAUGUUCCAAUCGGCGAAGCCUCCUGCUGGCUCCUACAUCCCCAUCAUGACACUGAUCUUUGCCCCACUGGGAUUUGCCCUCGCUGCUGUCCUGCUCGUGAGGCGACUCGUCGGUCGGCGACAGCGAAAGUGGCUUGCCUCUUUGCCCAGUGAGCAGAUAUUCUUGAUUCAGCAAAGGCAAGAGAAGGAAGACCAAGAUGAGGCUGCAGUCAAUGCACUUUCGACUUCCAUGUACCGCAGUACUGAGAUUCCUUUCUUCCUCCGACAGCUUAUCCCUGUCAUCAUCGUGGUGAACAUUGGCUUCUUUUUGAGCGGACAUCUCAACGAUGGUGGAAGAGUUCUCGUCAGUUUUGUCAUUGCUGGCGAGACCUUCACGCUUGACGACUUCUUCAUCUUUUCUAUUGGGCAAUCAACAAUCGAUAUGUGGCACGCAGGUGGCAAAGAGCUUGCACUGCUGAUCCUCCUGUUUUCUGGAGUGUGGCCCUACACAAAACAGCUCAUCACCCUGGCACUGUGGUUCCUCCCGCCAGGCGUUGUUUCGUCCAAUCGACGAGGUCAAUUCCUUCUUUGGCUCGAUAUUUUGGCUAAAUGGUCCAUGUUGGAUAUUAUUGUGAUGAUAAUCACAGUUGCGGGCUUCAGAGUGUCAAUCAAAAACCCCGAUCUUGCGUUCGUUCCACCCGACUUGUACGCAAUCGAACUCUUCGUGGUUCCCAUGUGGGGCUUGUACGCCAACAUGAUAGCUCAAGUGAUCUCUCAGGUGAGCUCUCAUUUCAUUGUGCACUACCAUCGCCGCAUGACUUUGAAAGCCAAGGAAACGUACGAGAAAGCGUUGGAAGCACCUUUGUCAGAACAAAGCCCAGUAACUGAGACUAAGAGCGUGAAAGAUCUCGUCAUCUCAUCGAAUGAUGACGACGACAUGAAAUCGAACCUUUGCCGCCAUUCCUUUUCAAGAAAUCACCGUAUUGGGGCAGCACUAUUGAUCGUCCGACGCUACGUCAACCCCAUAUUGCUCUUUGCUUCUCUUCUGACUUGCGUGCUAAUGGUCGUGAGCUGUGACAUCCCUUCAAUGAAGCUGGAGACGUUGGGCGUCGUUGGACUAAUGAUCGAGCUUGGCCAAGAUCUCCAAGAGGCGGUGCGAUAUGAGGGCGUUUUCUCUAUUGCCCAACUCCUCAUGGAGCAAGCAAAGUUCUUGGGAGGAAUCACAAACUAUAUUGGACUUGCAUUCUUGGCGUUCCUUUUCAUAUCGACUGUCCUGGUCGUUCCGAUUCUUCAGAUAGCAACACUUCUGUUCCAUUGGUUUGCUCCCCUUACCUCUGUGCAAAGAAAGAAAGUUGCAGUUUUCCUUGAGAUUCUGCAAGCAUGGCAGUAUUCCGAGGUAUACAUCUUAGCAGUGAUCAUCGAGAGUUGGCAACUAGGCUCCGUGUCACAACUGAUGCUGAAUCAAUUCUGCACGAGCCUCGACUUCACUCUCAACUUGCUAGUGUACUACGGCGUUCUUUCCCAGAACGACGCCCAAUGCUUUGCUCUUGAGGCAUCCAUCGCUGGAGGUUCUUACCUCCUUGUUCCUUUGACAGCCGGGCUUGCCCUUCUCAACACCUUUGUCGUCAAAGCACAUGUUCAGAACUUACGAGAGAAGGAAGAGGCGAACUAUUCGAUACCGGAGGAUGAAAAGCUCCGCGCAUUCGACAGGACUACAUGGGACUGCCGUUCAGAGGCGUUGCGCACCAUUCGGAGUCCAGACAUCGAGUUCACAGAUACUUUCCGUUGGAUGCUUCGGCACAAGGAAGGAAGCAUGGUCGAUAUCCGCAAAAAAGGCGCGGCGUCCAAGCCUCAGCCUUACGAGGGGGAAACCGAGCCAAUGGUCGUCAAACCGCUUGGGAGCGAUGAAGAGCAUGGCCACGAAGUACCCGAAGUUACGGAAACUCAAGGCGAUUCCGUAGACAACGAGCUCGAUGAAAGCAAUCAUGCCACCGAAGAGUCAAAGUAAAUUGGGACACUGGCUGCUUGUUGCUAUUAAUACGACAUCCUCGCUCCAACUUGGUGUACCGUAGGUACCGGUGGAUACGAAGAAGAAGCGAUGGAAGGCACGGUUAGAAACAGAAAACUGGCAACCAGCUAUCUAUUGUUGUUUUCGUGUGACAAGAUCCAGAAACAUAUGGUACAUUAUGACAACCAAGCCCAUCGACAGGUUUUUGUCGGCCCCGUUUGUUCAGACUGUCUCGUCUCUAGGGUUUUUUAGGAAAAAGAUUCAACUGCUUGCGUCUUCAUCAGCUUCAAAGAUGAAACUUAACUAACAAUGGAACAACAGGUCCAACACAACUAAAUAAUAAUACACUGAUUGCAUGAUAGGCUU